CCGCAAUAGACCGAUAUUUUUGCAGCUUAUAUAAUUAGACGCAAUGCUGGAAAAGAAAGAAAAAUUUAUUGAGACAUUAGAACCAGUCUUGUCCUUCACUGAAGAGGACUUAAAGGAUACCAAUAAUGUUCUCACUACUAUUUUAUCACCUCUGGGGAAAGAAGUGAAAAUCACAUCGGAUGUUGAUGUGGCUAUGAAAUAUGCCAUAGCAAAUGCUGGUAAGGAUAUUGCUUUGGACCCUGAAGUUGACAGAAGGUUACUUCGUAAAAUUGAUAUGUUCCUUAUGCCUAUUUUAUGUUUACUUUAUUGUUUACAAUUCAUGGAUAAAUUAACAAACUCUUAUGCUGCUAUCUUAGGUUUAAGAACCGAUUUAAAUAUGGUUGGUGAUAUGUACGCAUGGACUGGUUCUGCAUUCUAUAUCGGUUACUUAUUCUUCGAGCCCUUUUCAGCUAGAUUUUUACAAAAAUUCCCAGUUGCUAAAACAGCUGCUAUUUUCAUUGUCUUAUGGGGGAUUGUUUUAUGUCUUCACGCUGUACCUAACUAUGCUGGAUUUAUUGCGUUACGUACCAUAUUAGGCGCUCUUGAAAGUUCUGUUACUGUUGCUCUUGUUAUCAUUACUGGUUCCUUCUAUAAAAGAGAAGAAGUAUUUUUAAGGACAGCACUUUGGUUCUCCAGUAAUGGUCUCGGUACUAUCAUUGGUAGUGGUAUCAUUUCUUAUAAUGUUUACAGAGAUCAAGAUAAAUUUUCAAUUCCAGCUUGGAAAGUUAUUUUCAUUAUUACUGGAUGUUUAACCAGUGCUUUGGGUAUUGGUUUCUUCUUCCAUGUCCCAGAUGUUCCAACCCAAGCUUGGUUUUUGAAUGAAUCAGAAAGAAUUUUGGUCGUGGAACGUAUCAGAGGAAACCAACAAGGUUUCGGAAACAAACAUUUCAAAUGGAAUCAGUUUAAGGAAGCACUUCUUGAUGUCAAGACCUGGUUAAUCUUCAUGUUUGCUUUAGCUUCCGAUAUUCCAAAUGGUGGUAUUACUAACUUUGGUUCUAUUUUAUUGAAUGAAGAUUUAGGGUAUUCUACUGCUCAAUCUUUAUUAAUGCAAAUGCCUCAAGGUGCAGUUGAAUUUGUGGGGUGCAGUUUAUUCGCUUAUUGUGCAAGAUUUGUUAAAUCAAGAAUGCUAAUUGCUGUAAUUGGUACUGUUAUUACAGUUAUGGCAGAAUGUAUGUUAGCUUUUAGUUCAAAUAAAAAAGCUCAAUAUGCUGGUUUAACUUUAUAUGCUCUUGGUCCAAUUGGUUUUAUUUGUUUAUUGUCUGUCAUUUCCAGUAAUGUUGCUGGACACACAAAGAAAGUAACAGUCAAUGCUAUAUACUUAAUUGGUUACUGUGUUGGUAACUUAAUUGGACCUCAGACUUUCUUAGCACUGGAAUCUCCAACUUAUCAGACUGCUAAAAUUACAAUUGUUGCUUUUGGUUGUGUUUCACUUCUCUGUUUGAUUUUAAUCUGGUAUUGCUAUUGGAGAGAAAAUGUUAAAAGAGAUAAAUUACCUUCAGAAGUGACUGCAAAAUUCGCUGAAAUCGAAAAUCAUGAAUUUGCAGAUUUAACUGAUAAGGAAAAUCCGCUCUUCAGAUACGCUUUAUAA